AUGAAGUUCUCCGUGGGCUUUGCGCUGUCUUUGCUGCUGGUAUCUUCCAAUGUAGCGUCGCGAAGUAUCCUCCAAACCACAGAUCUUGCGACUGUCAGGGAACUGGAGCAUCCUUCUGUUGUUGAGGGUCCUAAACACGCUGUAUAUUUAGAGAAGCGUAAGGGCGGAGGCGGAGGCCGCGGCGGCGGAGGUGGUGGGCGGAGCGGAGGUGGGCGUUCUGGCGGCUCUGGAAGCGGAGGACGCCCGCGCCCCGGCGGAGGUAGUGCAUAUCCCCCAAGGCCAGCCAACGCUGGUGGGACUUCUCCCGUUGGAUCAGGAACUCCUCGCAGCUUCGGCGGAUUUUACGGCGGCGGAGCCAGAGUGCCAUUCAAGGCUGGCGGUAGAUCACCCCUGGGACGCAGCCCGUCUUUUCUCCCUCUAGCUGCGCUCGCAUUUUUCCCUGGGCUUUGGCUCUUUGGUGUCUACGCUUACUACCAUUCGGAGCCUUAUAUAUGGUACAACAGAACCUCCAUGAGGGACCAAAUGUUACCAGUUACCUGUCUAUGCCAGCAAUACUCCGUCUGUGGGUGCGAAGACAAUAAUAACAACACUUAUAUCGACACCCUCCUGGAUAAAUCCGACCCAAACAACAUCACCAGUGCCUCGCCAAUCGUUAGAGUUGCAGAGGCCAACGGUACAACAUCUAUUUUCAUCAACGGUACCUUGGAGAAUGGAACCACUGCACCGGAUGACAAUCCUCAAACAGAGUCCAUGGCACCUCCAAGGAUGCUUAGAAUCAGUGGCUAUUGGCCCAUGGCUUUUAUGGUCUUUUCCGCUGUCCUUCUACUAUAG